AUGCUGCCCUCACGCCUGGGUUCAGCUGCUCGCUCGUCAAGAGCAACAUUCCACAAACGGAGAUUUCACUCUCACCUAUUGGGCAGCAGGCCAGCUCCGACGGCCACCUUACGAUGCAGGUCAAGCUCUCAACACCAUGGCAUCCCGUAUCGGGCCCAGGUAAUACCGCGUGACUUCCCCCACAUCCAGAUCCGGGGGAAGAAGACCACCACUGUUGUCAGCCUCGAUGAUCUUCCCCAGGGGCUCAUUCGCGCAGACUCCCUGCCAGCCCUCCCGCCCGACGAGGAUGAGGCCCCAGCUGCUCCAUCCUACCCGACCGUGGUGCUACAGGCGCGCCGCAACAUGCAGAGGUUUGACAAUUGCGUCCUGUUGACACGUGUCGGUGGGUUCUACGAGCUGUACUUUGAACACGCGGACGAGUACGGCCCGCUCCUGAACCUCAAGGUCGCUCAGAAGAAGACGGCUGCCGGGCCUGUGCCAAUGGCCGGAUUUCCGUUUUUCCAGCUAGAUCGGUUCCUCAAGAUCUUGGUCCAGGACUUGAAUCGAUAUGUGGCCGUCGCUGAGGAGUUCCCAAACACUGCUGCCGACAAGGCAAAGUCGGGUGGUUUGAUGCAUGACCGUAAGGUCGCCCGCAUCAUCACCCCUGGCACUCUCAUCGAUGAGCAGUUCAUGGAUCCUUAUGCCAACAACUACGUCAUGGCCAUUCACUUGCCUGGAGAUGAUGUCCCAGGAGCGUCGGUGUCUGCGGCUCUUGAAACCGCGUCUCGCGACGCGGGCCCCAGUCCUGUGUCUCCUGAUGCUCCCGGAAAUGCCUCUAUCCCCAUUGGGCUUGCAUGGUUGGACCUUUCGACAGGCCACUUUUUCACCCAGACCACUACCCUCCCUUUCAUAGGCUCCAUGCUAUCACGCGUGUGCCCGAAAGAGGUCGUGUUGGACGAGGGCUUCCAAUCACGCACGAGUCAUGUUAUUUUCUCCAUCCUCGCCGAGGAGAGGCAUCUCAUCACAUAUGCUCAUCAAGGCGAGCUGGUGGCUAUUUCUGACUGGGCGCCAAUGCUUGAGUCGGAAGUACCACCCCACACUCUAGAGUCGUUCACGGAUGAGGAGACCAAAGCGGGCAGCUUACUACUUCAUUACGUGAAGGAUCGCCUACAGGGCAUCAGCAUGAAGCUUCAGCCUCCGCUACGUCACGAGACCAUGCAGGUGAUGGACAUUGACAAGAAUAGCAUGCGAUCGCUUGAGAUCAAACAGACCAUACGGGAUAGUGCUUUCCGCGGUAGCCUGCUUCAUGCAAUCAGGCGGACAGUCACAAAGAGCGGUGCCAGGCUUCUUAAUGAGUGGCUCAGCGCCCCUUCGACGUCCUUGGAUGUCAUUAGAUUCCGUCAAGAUCUUGUAGCUUGUUUCAUUGCCGACGAGGUACUCCGAGAAGGUAUCACUCUACUAUUGCGAAGAAGCCAUGACUCCCAGAGGCUUGUCCAGAAGUUUGCGCUCGGUCGGGGAGAUGCCGAUGAUCUCCUUGACCUCGCGAGCACAAUUAAAGCUACAGAGGACAUUAUCGCUAUGCUCUUGGGAGCUAUUUCUACUACUGAUGCUGAGUCGACCGCAGCGAAAGAAUCUUUAAAACACCUAACAGAGCGCAUCGACCUCGACAGCCCCCGCAAGCUGGCCAGCCGCAUCCGUGAAGCAAUGGACGAGGAGGGUAUCGUCCAGCAGCAUCAGAUCGAGGACAGCGAGGCCGGAAACAUGAUUGCUUUGGCCCAGGAGAUUGUGGACAAUGAGGGCUCGGCUGAGGACUCAUCGCUGCUCCCAAAGUCGGCCAAGAAGCGCAAGCCUGUUUCCCUUCGCGAUUGCUACGGCGAGGACAACGAAGUCUGGAUCAUGAAACCAGAUGCCAGCCGACAUCUCAAGAAACUCCACUCCCAACUCGAAACCCUCCUCUGCGAAAAAGAAAACCUCGCCGCAAGCCUGCGCGACCGCCUCGGCGCACCAUCGCUGACGCUGAAGUGGACCCCGGGCCUCGGCCAUAUCUGUCACAUCAAGGGGAAAAAGGACCUUAAGUCCGUGUCGUCUGCCGUCACCGAUAUUCCCGGGCUGCUGGGCCGCCAGACCCAGACGUCACGCUCCUUCCACCUGCCCGAGUGGACCGAGCUGGGCCGCCGGCUGGACCAGGCUCGCUUCCACAUCCGCGCCGAGGAGCAGCGCGUGUUCCAAGAGCUCAGGCAGCAGACGGUGCUCAACAUCGUCAAGCUGCGGCGCAACGCGGGUGUGCUGGACGAGCUGGACAUCGCAACGUCCUUUGCGCGCCUGGCGACCGAGCAGAACCUCGUUCGGCCGGUGCUGAACAGCGGCACCGGGCACGUCAUCGUCGGCGGCCGGCACCCCACCGUCGAGGGCGGGCUGAGAGAGGCGGGCAGGACGUUCGCAAGCAAUGACUGCUUCGUCGGCGCCGGCGGCAGCGGGGGCUCCGGCCACCACGGGCGCGUCUGGCUCAUCACCGGGCCCAAUAUGGCGGGCAAGUCCACCUUCCUCCGCCAGAACGCGCUCAUCACCAUCCUGGCGCAGAUAGGCUGCUACGUGCCGGCGUCAUACGCCGAGAUCGGCGUUGUGGACGCCAUGUUCAGCCGCGUGGGAUCGGCCGACAACCUCUACGGGGACCAGAGCACCUUCAUGGUGGAGAUGCUCGAGACGGCGACCAUCCUACGGCAGGCCACAGCUCGGUCCUUUGUCAUCAUGGACGAGAUUGGCAGAGGCACGACGCCCGAGGACGGAUGCGCAGUGGCCUUUGCGUGCUUGCACCACCUCGUGCACGUCAACAAGUGCAGGACACUGUUCGCGACGCACUUCCACGAUGUCGCGGACAUUGUGACUGAGCAUGGACUGCGCGUGGAGGAUGGAGGGGACAAGGGCGCGGUGGAAAUGUACUGCACGGAUGUGGCCGAGGAUGAGCAGGGAGGGUUUGUCUAUGUGCACAAGCUACGGAGGGGUGUCAACCGCCAGAGCCAUGCGCUCAAGGUCGCACGGCUGGCGGGUCUACCGGAGGCGGCUCUACAGACGGCGAGAGAAAUCCUCAUUCCUCAGCGAGGGAGGGAAGUAGGUGGGAAGGACCCAUGA